AUGAGUGCGGCACAUGGACCGCGCGAUUAUGAUCAUCUUUUUAAAUUACUGAUAAUCGGAGAUAGUGGCGUUGGCAAGAGCAGUCUGCUUCUUCGAUUUGCCGAUAACACAUUUUCACCCAAUUAUAUAACAACAAUAGGAGUGGACUUCAAAAUUCGAACAAUCACAAUAAACGGCCAACGUGUUAAACUUCAAAUUUGGGAUACGGCCGGUCAGGAAAGAUUUCGCACGAUCACUUCAACAUAUUAUCGAGGAACACACGGUGUUAUUGUUGUGUAUGAAGUGACAAGUGGUGAUUCUUUCAGCAAUGUCAAACGAUGGCUGCAUGAAAUUGAUUCCAAUUGUGAUAACGUUCAAAAAAUUCUCGUUGGUAACAAAGCAGACGAUCCAGAACGACGAGUGGUUCUGGAAGCAGAUGCACGUCGUUUCGCAGAUACAAUGCACAUACCUUUCUUUGAAACAUCUGCCAAAGAAAAUAUCAAUGUUGAAGAGAUGUUCAAUUGUAUAACAGGUCUUGUUUUGGAUGCCAAAUUACGGUCGCCCCAACGAAAUGUAAACGAUAAAGGGGUUAGACUUGGAGGUAGUCCAAGGCGUCAAGAGAAGAAGAAAUGUUGCUAG